AUGCCAAUCUCUCACACAACCCCAAAACAUGUUCUUGAAUCCCUUGUACUAAUACUCUUGAUUUCACAUUUAGGUUCUUGCCUGGAAACAGACACCAUUUCAAGAACUCUGAUAGUCAAAGACCCGGAAACCAUUGUCUCGAAUGGCAAGGUUUACAGGCUGGGAUUCUUCAGCCCUCCGAAUACCACUAACCGGCAUAUGGGCAUAUGGAAUAUUGUUUCUGAAACAUCCAUUGUCUGGGUAGCCAAUCGGGACAAGCCACUCGUUAAAGAUUCUCCUGGAGCUAUAACAGUGUCUGAAGAUGGCAAUCUAGUUCUCAUCACUUCAGAAAAAGAGAUCGUUUGGUCGUCAAAUGUCUCCAACUCUUCAAAGAACACAAGCGCUCAGCUUCUCGACACUGGAAAUCUCAUCUUGCGAGACAACUCGAAUGGAAGAGUACUAUGGGAGAGUUUCAGACACCCUGGUGACGCUUUCCUGCCAACGUUAAAAAUAACCGACAACAUCAAUACUGGUGAAAAGGUGGUACUAACAUCAUGGAAAACUCUGGAGAAUCCAGAUUUCGGAAAUUUUACCGCUGGGCUACAAGCUUUGAGCAUUCCCCAAGUCUUCAUAUGGAAUAUGGGUCGGCCCCACUGGAGAAGCGGGCCAUGGAAUGGUCUUAUUCUUACGGGGGUGACAGAUAUGUACGCGGUUUAUCUCGAUGGUUACAGUGUGACCAGGCAAAGUGAUGGCACGGUCUCGUUUACCCGAGAUUACUACGGCAGUCUCUUGAUGAAGGUCAUUCUGAAGCCGAACGGGAGUUUCGUUCAGACAAUGUGGGACGAGGCUAAGAGGGACUGGAAUGUCACGUGGGUUGCUCCGAUCGAUGCUUGUGAUGUUUACGGUGCUUGUGGGCGUUUUGGGAAUUGUAAUUUGAGACAUUCGCCUAUGUGCAGCUGUCUGAAAGGGUACGAACCGGUGGACAAGGUGGAAUGGGGUAGAGGGAACUCGAGCAGUGGAUGCGUAAGGAGGAGUAGUUUGCAGUGUGAGAGAAGUGUUAAUUCGAGCGAUGCAAACAGAGGAGAUCGAUAUUCUAAGCUGACAAACGUUAAGGUGCCUGAUUUUAUUGAGGUUUCGCAAGGUAGGAGAGAUGAAUGCGAGAGUUUGUGCUCGGGGAAUUGUUCUUGCAUAGCGUAUUCGCAUGAUCCUGGUAUUGGUUGCAUGUUUUGGAGGGAUACUUUGAUGGAUGUUAGGCAGUACCCGAGUGGUGGCUCCGAUCUUUACAUUCGCGUUGCAUAUUCUGUACUAGAUGAGAAGAAGGGCCGAAAAUUGAUUAUCAUAGUCCCUGUGAUAACCGGACUGGUGGCUAUAUCCGUAUGCAUAUUUGGUUCUUGGCUGUGGAGGAAUAAGAAAACGGGAGCAAAAAGAAAAUGCAAAGAGUCAGCACAUGAGAGAAAAAGGGCAUAUACGUCAGAUUCAACUGAGAUAGUGCUAAGAGAUGAUGUGGAUGGAGCUAGCCUUGACGAUUUACCGUUGUACACCUUUGAGAUGCUUGCUAAGGCUACGGACCAAUUUGACGAAGCGAAUCUACUCGGGAAAGGUGGUUUUGGACCUGUAUAUAAGGGAAAGUUGUCAAAUGGGAAAGAAAUUGCUGUGAAGAGGCUUUCGAGAGCAUCCGGACAAGGGCUGCAAGAAUUCAUGAAUGAAGUGGUCGUAAUUUCCAAACUCCAACACAGGAAUCUUGUCAGUUUGUUAGGUUGCUGUGUCGAAAAUGAAGAAAAGAUGCUCAUAUAUGAAUUCAUGCUCAACAGAAGCCUCGAUGUCUUUCUCUUCGAUCAAGCUCAAGAGAUUCUAGAUUGGAAAAAACGUUUCAAUAUAAUGGAAGGUAUUGGGCGAGGCAUCCUUUAUCUCCACAGAGAUUCACGAUUGAGGAUAAUUCAUAGGGACUUAAAGCCGAGCAAUGUAUUGCUAGACGAGAAUUGGAACCCUAAAAUUUCGGAUUUCGGCAUGGCUAGAAUAUUCGGAGGAAUUGAAGAUCAAGCCAAUACUGCUAGAGUCGUCGGAACAUAUGGAUAUAUGGCCCCUGAAUAUGCAUUGGGAGGAAGAUUUUCGGAAAAAUCCGACGUGUUCAGUUUCGGGGUUUUAGUGUUGGAGAUUAUAUGCGGUAGAAGAAAUACGAGCUUUUAUAAUGACGAGAUUGCUUCGAGCCUUCUAGAACAUGCAUGGAAAAUAUGGAAAGAAGGCAAUUUUGAGGCAUUAAUAGAUGAGAGAAUAUCGAGUCCAAUGUUUGAGGGCGAGAUAAUUCGGUGCAUACAAAUUGGAUUUCUGUGUGUGCAAGAAUUUCCUGCUAACAGACCUAGUAUAUCAAAUGUUCUUGCAAUGCUUGGUAAUGAAAUUGCAGAUCUGCCAUUGCCAGAACAGCCUGCAUUUACGCAGAGGCCGAAUCGGAUUUGUCCAUUGACUUCUUCUUCCUCCCAGAGCCAGUCAAUGACAGGGUCAUCCAAUAAUAAUGUCAGUAUUACAGUACUCGAGGGGCGAUGAUUCUAUGUUCUAGGUGAUCGAUCGAUUCACGCCUUUAGUUUCUGUCUCUCUCAACAAGUCCACUUUAAUUUCCAUAAAAGAAAAAAAAAAUGUAUUUGUUCCAGUCAGUCACCACUUCUUUGACACGUACGUAAGAUUGAAUUUUCUUCUUUGAAUCAA